AUCAUGUUGCCUUCCCAAGAAGCCUCCAAGAUCUACCAUGACAAUUAUAUGCGCAACUCCCGGGCCAUCGGGGUGCUGUGGGCCAUCUUCACCAUCUGCUUCGCCAUCGUCAACGUGGUGGUGUUCAUCCAGCCCUACUGGAUCGGCGACAGCGUCAACACGCCGCAGGCCGGCUACUUCGGCCUCUUCCACUACUGCGUGGGCACCGGGCCGUCGCCCAGCCGGGAGCUCACCUGCGUGGGCAGCUUCUCCGACUUCAGCUCCAUCCCGUCCGGAGCCUUCAAGGCGGCCUCGGUGUUCGUGCUGCUGUCCAUGGUGCUGAUCCUCAGCUGCAUCGCCUGCAUGGCGCUCUUCUUCUUCUGCAACACCUCCACCGUUUACAAGACCUGCGCCUGGAUGCAGCUGCUGUGCGGAGUGUGCCUGGUGCUGGGUUGCAUGAUCUUCCCUGAUGGAUGGGAUGCUGAGGUGAUCCGGGACAUGUGCGGGGAGCAGACGGGGAAAUACUCCCUGGGCGACUGCUCUGUACGCUGGGCCUAUAUGCUGGCCAUCAUGGGCAUCCUGGACGCCCUCAUCCUCUCCUUCUUGGCCUUUGUCCUGGGCAACCGGCAGACAGACUUCUAUCUCGACGACUUGCAGACAGACAACAAAGAUUUUGCUGUGUCAAGGAUUGAGGUUCGGGACAGAAGAGAGCCAAGGUAUGGAGUGCAGCGUCUUCACUGAGGACAACUUCUCUUCUCUUCUCUUCUCUUCUUUUCUCUUUUUUUCUUUUAUCUUCUCUUCUCUUCUCCUCUCCUCUUCUCUCUUCUGUCGUCCAUCUGUCUCUUUCCCUCUCCUCUCUUCUCUUCUCUCCAAUGAUCAGGAUAUCAUCCAAUCGCAAUGCAGACACCAAGUG